GGUCGGGACGGGAUGGGGUCCCCAUCGCCCCCCGGGCGUUCUGCAGGGCUGGAGGAGCUGUCUGAGAGCUGGCGGUGCGGGAGCUGCUCGGUGUCGUUCUCAAGGACAGUCGAAACUAGCCAGAGGGAGAGAUUUUAAUUAUUAUUUCCCCCCAGCCACACAAGAGUAAACUUCUCCGUGCAUCAAACCCGUCAGAUAAGUCAUUGCCAGCUCUCCCUCUGUGAAACGGUCCGGCUUUGGAUGCUCUGACAUCCAGUGGCAGCCGAAGUUAGUCAUAUGUGAUUCCUGCUUUCAGGGAAACCUCAGAGAAUCCAGCUUUAGAAAUGUAGAGUAGUUUCCAGAGAAUUCACGUCACAUUGGGUUUUUUAAUGGAACUGUAGAGAUAAUGGUGUGAAUUUCCAGAAAAAAAAACUGUGAGGAAGCCCACAUUCACCAGUCCUUGGAAAGAAAAGCAGGAAUAUUAUAUCUAGUAACAUCUCUUUUCUGUUGUUAAAGAGACACCAAGAUGUAAGCCUUGAAAUAGUUUUAGGCUGGAUGUUCUCAUUGACUUGGUACUGAUAUGAUUCAGAGAUGUUUAUUUCCUGUAAAUACUCCCCUUAGUCUGGAGAGUGGGAUUUCCAAAAUGGUAUCUCCAAAGAUUAAACUGCUCUGAGGAAAACUUUUAAUUGGGAAUUCAUAAACCUCCUAAGAACAGAAAACUUUGAGCCUUUUUAUGGAAACCAUAAGCCUCUAUUUGUCAGAAACCUGAAAUCAGGUGAUAACAGGUUGCAGAGUAAUAGUUCCGCAAAUGGAGAGCCAAAUGUGUGAAAGAGGAUAAAUGCAGUAAUCUGGACUGCUUGACCCAAGAUUUCUCUAGCAAUUACACAGCUCAGCAGUGAAGAAGCUGGACUAUGUUGUUGUUCAACCAACUGACAUGUUUCCUGUCAUCGGGAACUUCCAGGGAAAAUGCCUAUCAGAAUUGCUCUAUCUGCAAACAAACGAGUCCUCUGGCUUCUUCUCAGUUCUCAGCACUGGAAAGGCAUCAAAAGAGGAAAUCAUCUUUAGCACAAGGAGCUGGGGUGUUGUUUUAUAAUUUUGUUUGGUUUUGUUUGUUUGUUUGAGCCAGUUUCCUCCUGGCUCAAACAGCUGCCGUGUAGAGUCCUGGACAUAUAGAGAGCUCAUGACUUGCCUUUUUUUUCUGGAAAAUGCCUUAGCCAGAGAGGCCAGGAUUUGGAAAGUGCCAGUUUUCCAGAAUCCCACCACGAAGAUAUCCUCCCCUGGUACAGAUAUCUCUCUGUCAGGUUACAGAAAAGUAGUUCUCUGGAUUGCAGAAAUCAGCUCCCAGUUCCAGUUUUACCCAUAAAUGUUUGUCCUAGCCACCAGCAUCUUCAACAGGCUUGUUUUCUUCUUCUCCCUUCAGGCCCAAUUAAAAUAUCUGCAGUGCAUUGCAAUUUCCUGCCUCGUCCUUGCAGCAGAAACCAAUGAAGAUGAGGUAAUACCAUCAGUGCAGACGCUAGCAGUGCAGAGCAGAUGUAAACACUCUCCAGCCGAGAUCUUGAGAAUGGAAAGAAUUAUACUGGAUAAGCUUCAGUGGGAUCUUUACACAGAAACACCAAUGGAUUUCUUAAACAUUUUCCAUGCCAUGGUGAUGUCCAGCUGGCCCCAUCUCCCACCCAGACUGCCUCAGAGGAAUCCUUCCCUCCACGUUGCACUCUUGACCAAGCAACUGCAGCACUGUAUGGCCUGCCACCAACUUGUGCAGUUUAAGGGCUCCACGUUGGUUUUGGUGAUCAUCACCUUGGAGCUGGAGAGGCAGACUCCUGGUUGGUUUCCUGUUAUUACUGAUCUGCUAAAAAAAGCACAGGUGAGCAGCACUGAAUUCAUGCACUGCAAAGAGCUUGUGGAUCUAGAGUUAAUGUGCUUGCAGGCACCCAAUGCUGUUAAUAUUUUCUACCCCAUCAGCCAAGCUGUGCAGGGCCAUCCCAAGGCAAGGCUUCCCUGCCAGCCCCCUUCUGAAUGGCAGAGUUCCCAACAAGGGAAGCUGAGGGUUGCUGUAAGCCAGCUUGUUACAGCACCUUUCACACCUACUACAGCCUAAAUUCCUGAUCAAACCACUGAGACUGAAGAAUGCUACCCCUCACUUUCAAGUUUAUGUAAAGACAGAAAUCUGGGGAAAGGAGGGACUUGGUCACCGCCCUGCAGCCCAGGGAUCCAGUUGGCAGGCAGCUACAAACUUCAUGGAGAACCAAAUGCCUCAGAGUUUAUUUUUAAAAUAGCCAUGAUGAAGUUUGACAGAUUGAGCCUUUCAUCCAGCUCAUACCAUUGUUCUCUCAUUAGAGCUGAUCUGGCUUGGCCCGUGGGAGCCGAACAGGAGCUGCUGCUGUCGAGGAAUGGGCAGCCCCCACUGCUGCCUCUGCAAGAGCUCUCAGGUGAACCAGGGUUCCAUUCAGCAGUGAGAAACUUGAAUCAAACCUCCAGUAUUCCUUAAGGCCUUACCUUGUAAUUCAGGGGUCUGGGAUCUGUGCUUUUUGCUGGUUAAGCCAUUACAGACUCUAUCACAGCUCCUAUGAAAUGUGGAAAAUCACUUGUCUACAAUCACCAUUGCCUUGAGCUCUCACCAACCAGCAUAUGCUGGUCAGGGCUUUUAAAAUUUAUUCUCUUUCCAGACUAGACAAAAUAAAAUGCUUUUAAUAAUUCCCUUCCACCACUAAAACAACCUUAUUUCUUACAAAUUUCUUAAUCUUCAUAGCAAAGUGGUUUUACAAAGGUCAGAUUAAACCACUCUUGCACUUUUAAAAACCAGCUUUACAAAUCCUUUUAAAAUUAGUGGAGGUUUUAUUUUAAAGAAUAGGCAUUUUUAGGUGAUUGUUACCCUAGUUUGAGGGUAUAAUUCAGAUAGUAUGGGAUGGGUAACAGCACCAUACCUGCCAUCCUGUCAGAGAACAGGACGGGGCUUCAUAUGGACUGGCACAGGCUAAAUUCUGAGCAGGUGUCUCAUGUAAUGACAUGGGAUAAAUAACUUGGAGACAGAGAUGGGACAGGAGCAAGGAGACAAAGCUGUGCAACUGCAGAACUCAUCAGUGCAAGAAGAUCGUUUCUGGCCUUCUCCCCUUCUUCAUUGUCUUAUCCUGUAGGAGAGGAAUUCCUGCACCAACCAUGCAGGACUGAUGUGCUGAGAAGCUGUUCACACUUUCUCAAGAUUUAAAUUUGCCAGAGUGAGCUCUGUGUGUGCAGGAAGAAAGCCAUUCAGCUCUUGAAACCACAAAGGAAGCCCCCAAGUGUUCCAGUAACAUCCAGUAAUGGAGACUUAAUGCAAAUAACUUGUGUGAACAGACAAGAGUUGGACCAGCAGUGAAAGCCACAGAAUUCCCAUGAGCUAGGUCACAGCUACCUCAGGCUGUGGAUGCUGUGCUAAGGGGGGGCCCUGCCCAGGCCUGAGAUGCUGCAGGAGCAGGACUUGGGGCUGGUUUAAACCACAUGAGGUUUGUGACCCCCCACAUUCUUGGGGGUCAGGCAGCAGCAUGCUUGGAACAUGGUAUUUAUUCAUGCUACCACAGGGAAGGUUCUCAUUUAAUGGUAGGGCUCUUCCCUCCUCCUGAGCAGUGCCUUCCUUUUCUCUCACAAGCUGUGAGUUGACUGCCUGGCUUUUGGGAGGAGGGAAGUUGUCUUUUAUAGUUUCCAUUAAAUAAAACAUCAGCUUGGUCUGCCUGUUCUCUGUGGCCCUGGAAUAGCCCAGCUGAAAGGUGAUUCCCAUACUGAUCCCUGCAGAAAACUGGGCUGUGUGAUGGGCCCUGCUUCCCUCCCAUCCCUUUGCCCUUUCUCAAGCAUUGUCACCAGCUGUGUGUACCCAUGGAAAUGGCAGCAGCAGAGUUCUACACAGUGAUUAACACGCUGUAACUCUACACCACAACAAUCCUAACCUCGUUUUUACCCCCACAGCUGUGAGCCUAUGGAUACACUUCUUGCCUGCAGCUGGAUGAUGUGUUAAAAUCCAUGAACAAACUUGCUUUUCAAAAUCCCUGCAGAUCUCUAUGAUCAACAUGCAAAAGUAUACAUUAAGAGAGGUUAAUUCCAAAAGAUAGAGGCAGUGCUGGAAGGCCCUUCAGGGCUCUGUGUUCCCAGUCAGGGUGCAAGAUGCCACUCUGGAAUGGGAACAGUUCACCUGGAGCCUGCCUGUGCUCCCAGGACACACUGCUGCUUCUCUGGCAGCACAGCUCCCUCCCACACAGCUAUUGCAGCACUGCAGUUACCAUGAAGGAACAAAUACUUCUAUCUUCGCUUCCACAGGCUAAAAAUGUCACUUACCUUUUCAUUCUGCCAUUGCUCAGAAUGGAACUUCCUACCCCAAAGAAUGAGCUGCCAGGUACAGGAAGGAGCUGCUCUUGCACAGGACCAUUCUUGUUACAGAUGGAGAUUUUUGGAUAGUGAGAAUAGCACCAAGUUUCUUUUUUUUCUAGCAGUACAGGGUCAGAAGCUUUAACACCUUUCCCCUCCCUGCCUGGACAAGUAAUAAUUGACAAGAUGAACACUCCCCACAGACAGCAGUGUCAGGAACAAUUAUUUUGCCCAGUGAGUUUCAGAGAGGAUGAGAGCUCACCCAUGUUAGCUCACCUGUUAGGGCUGUGUGUACAACAUGAGUUUAUUCCAACUGCAGCUCAACACACCACUGCAGAUGCCAUUUGCUACACACCAGUUACUGGUGAAAAUGUGCCAGAUUCAGUGAGUGCUAGCACAGGUCUGAUGUGCUUAUGGCCAGCUCUGUGAGAUUGUUGUUUUGGGGAAUAUUCACUCCCAGAACAACUACAGAGAAUGCUUAUAGAGUAUUUUCAAAGAGCUCUGACCUGGUAAAGUCCCUUCCCUUGGGGGAUCUUGGCCCAGGCGAGGCUCUCAAACCCAGACUCCUCUUGUUGUUGCCUCAAUUGAGGCCAGAUUUCCAGAUGCCUGAAGCUACCACCACCUUGUAAACAAAGCUGCAAUUACACCUGAAAUCCCCUAUGGUAAGCAUCCACAGAACUGUUUUCUGUGGCUGUAUUAAACCACCUACAGAAACAGCAAAGUACUUCAGAUCCUCCCACCCACCACAAUGCCCCCAUUCAUAACUCCAGCUAAAGAACCCGUGUCACAGCUCAUGCAGUCACCUAGGAACCACUGCAGGUGAGGAGGGAGCUGCCCCAUGUCAAGACAGCCCUCACUGGGGUGUUUCUGACAAUAAACCUGACUCAGGGGCACUAAUUGUGGAGGGUGUGUAAUGACCUUGGAGAAGAGUUGCACAAAUAAAUAAACUCCUGUGGUCAGAGAACUGACCAACAGACAAGAAAACUGCAAAGGGAAGAGUAAUGAAAUAGUUAUACCUCAUUUGUGGCAUUGCAGCAAUACAGUUUUUUUUUUUUUCUCCUGCUAAUUGACUUUGUUGUGUUAAAUUGAAUUUGAGCAGUACUUACAUUUCAAUUCUUUAGGAAGGCAGAAAAGUGCACUGAGAUGGAGAGAUGCAUUAACUUCUGGCAGGCCUCAGAGCCCCCUCCCAUUCCUCCUCAGCAGAUAUGCAACUGGAAUCCCCCAUGUGACCUAACUAUGGUCAUGACAAACAGAACUUAAUCAAAUCUUCUGAGCAAUUUGGAAAAAGAACAAAAAGCUUCUCUUCCCAAUUUACCUAUUCUGCUGGGAAUGUAACUUGACAAAAGCUCCAAGCCGGAUGAAAGCUUUGCCAAAGGAAUUAGAGUGGCUGCCUCAAAAGAGAACACAAACAAGUUUAAAACAGUCCUCAAAGCAGCAGCAAAGGCUGUACCAUAGCUCAGCCUGAUGGUCACACACAGCUUCAGCUUUCCCACAUUCCGGGCAGGCACCACAGACUUGAGGACAGACAGAACCCUCCUAAGCAGACUUCCAGCUCUGAAUUCAUGGCCCCAAGACACAGCUGUGUCAGACCCUGGUGCUCCCCACCUGGUCCCACUUCCCCUGGCACAAGUGGUGGCUCAUCCCUGCCCACUGUGGGAGCAGGGACAGGCAGGGGUGAACAUGUUUGUCAUGGGGUUUCAUCCCUAAUGCCUGCAAGUGGCAGCAGUCUCCACAGCUUCUCCACGUGUCCAGUUCAGUCCUUUUCAGGCCACAUAUCUGUUACAGCUGCAGUCUAUUUCCCAGCUCUGACUUAGGCUAAGGGCAUCCGGAGGGUUUAGAGACUGUCACUUGUCACACACCCUAGGGACAGGCACUCAGUGUUUGGGGCAGUCAGAACCUCUACACCAGCCUCUCUGUCUCUCGGGGGGUUAGAGUGACACAAUGUCCUCCGUGGGAGCCUUGGAGGGCUCCUGUCACACACUCCCCAUUCUCAGCCUUUGUCCCACUGUAGUCACACCACCAGGAUGAGGCAGGGGCACACCACUGUGGUCACACCACCAGGAUGAGGCAGGGGCACAGGAUGAGGGUGAGAUCUCUUCAAAGCUCCUCCCAAAGACUGGCUUUUGGCCACUCCUCCCCUCCCGCCUCGGGGCAGUGGGGAAAGCAGCAGUCGGGGAAAAAGGGAGGGAGAUUGGGGACAGCAGCUGCCAAGACACAGAGGUGCACAGGGGACAUCACACUUUAAUCAGAGGGCAAUGGGGUUAAUGAGGGGAAACUGGGAUCACAGAGGGACAGAGGACAUUGUUCUGGUUAUACCUGGUGUACAAACCAUGGUUUUAACAGAUGUUUGUUAAACAAGUCAGUUUUGUUUUUAUUAAACCCAGCUUUGGUACAGGUCAUUCCUGAGAUUCAUUUACAAGGUUGUUUAGAACAAAAAUAAACUGGAGCCUCUCCCUGUUCCUGUGUGAAGUUACUGGGGCACAGACAUCACAUUUUGUUUUUCCCCCUUCCUUUUAAGAAAAGUGUUUGUGUAAGGGGAAGUCAGUCUGUUACAAACACAGAACUUACACCAGGAACACCGAGUCUCCAGCUUUAAACCAUCUCUCCUCCAUUAAUAAAUAACAUUUAGUUGUGCUUUGACAUGGUUCCCUUGGCACCCAUCACAUCCCAGAAGGAUGAGCAGAGCCCAGACUGGCCAGGCAGGGUUACCUGGCCCCAAAGCAGCAGAGGGGAGGUGGGCAGGGAGCUCUGGGCAAGGGGUUACGGUGUGAGGCACCAAGUGCAGCCCUCAGAAAACUGAAGAGAUGAAGGUUGGGGCAUUUUGGUUAUAAAACCUGUAAGUAUACAGAAGCAAGCUGCACAGAAGUUAUUGUUAUGAAAGGUGAGAAUCCAGCUGAAAGAUUAGGGAUGUCAAACUAGGGAUGUCAGAUUAGGGACAUCAGGCUCCCCAGUUACACCCCAAAACCAGACUGAGGAGAGGACCUGCAGGACCCUGUUAUUGCAGCAGCUCGAGCAGCAAAGCUGAAAGCUCCUGACACUACCCCAGCUUUGUCCCUCACCUCUCUGGAGUCAGUCAGUGUUAACUCCCUUGGGCUAAGAGCCCCAAAAGAAGCAUUCUGGAUUUAGUGCCAGCUGUGCAGCAGCGUGAAUUAGCAGUUUACCUUUUGGCAAGUGUCUUGGAUUUCAACUUUACCAAGAAACCUGAUUAAGCAAACUUUUCCCCAUCAAAAGACACGGUGAAUUUUAGUCCUUGCUACAUAUUCUCUUCUGUGCAAUAUAUUGCAAGCUUAAAGGUGUAAGCACCAAUUAAUUUCUUCUGCAUGAGAUGUUUUGGCCUUAAUAAAUCUUCUAAUUAACAUAUCUUCCUGUUGUUAAGGAGUACGCACUGGGAAGACUAAAGAAGCUAUAGAAAGAACAAAAGAAAAUCAGUGUUUAAGUUUCAGUUAUUUACAUUAAGACAAGACAGCAUGAAAGGUCAAAGCACCAAUCUAUUGUACAGACAGUUGAGUUUAACCCAUUGCAGAAGCUCUCACAGCUGCCAAUGUCUUGUUUGGAACUGGUAAUCAAAGGAUUGAUUUAAAAUUUUAAUGAAAAGACUGCUGAUGGAACAGGAGAAAGGACUGCUGAUGGAGACCCCCAAGAGCAGCCAACCAACCCACAUAGAUGGAGCAGUGGCUUUGCAGGGUCCUCGCUCCAUUCCAUCCCUCACAGCUGCAGAGCUCUCCAGAGGGAACAGUUAAGGACAAGGCUGGGUUUGUGGGGCUGUCUCCUGAAGGAAAGUGCCAUCAUGCCAUGUCCCAGGGCCUUGGCCACCGGGCUUGGGCUCAGGAACUGCAAAGCAUGGGCAGCACCUACCUCACUGCUUCUCUAACAAACCUAUGCAUUUCUCCUCCUCCUCAAAGCAUCUCCAGGAGCUCUGCACAAGUAUUAAUGAAUGCUCUUAACACUGCCCCUCUGCAAAGACACUUGCCAAUGCAAGUGAUCUGAAUCACCAGGUGGCCCACCUUUAAAAGCAUCAGCUGUUCCACCACCUUUGGUUCCCUGAAUUCUGAAUGUACGUGCUCCUCUCUGGUCUCCCAGAUUUGGCUUUAAAAUGUAUUGGGAUGGAACAGGAUGUAAACAUUUUGUACAAACCACUUGGUAUCAACUGGUAAUUCUCUAUUAAAGCUUUUGCUUAAAAGGUUUCCAGCUACAUAUUCCAAAAAAGCUUGGAGAGGCAGCCAGGAUCACCAGCCUGGUUUUGUUCUUCAAGCUGGGGCUGCAGAAAAACCUCCCACCAGAAGCACUGCUACAGCAAACACUGCAUCAGCCAAACUCCACAUUAGCAGUGCCUUAAGUGCAGCACUGAUCUCAGUCCAAUACCAAAUAAACCCCAGAAGGGCCCAAAGUUGAGUGAAUAUAAUUUGGUAUAUAGCAAUGGCCCAGAAGAGACACUGAGAACAAACCUUUGGGUAAAGCUUGAGCAGCUUUCUGAAAGCAGAGCACCAAACUAAAGCUGUGCUCUUUUGCUGGCCUUGACCUAAGUGUAUAAUGUCCUUCUCCAGACAAGGAACACAGCUUUGGAUGCACCCCCAGGAAACCUGUAGCAGGCGCAGGGCCGGCUACGGCUCCGUGGAGGGAUGUUUAGAGAUAGGUAUUUGCUGAGUCAUAGGAAUUGAACCAGGAGUCCUCACUCUGGUCCUCCAGGCCUGCUUAUCUCUCUGUGACCCCAUAGGCUAGUUUCCCUAACCCUUACAAUUGGUCAGUUUUCAAUCCUCCCUAACCCUAUAAAAGAGGCUGUCUUGGCCCAUUUCUUCAGAAGAGCAGCUUCAAGACCCUUCACGAGACCCUCAGAAUAAACCAUCGUGGAACCCUUGGCUGCCUUCUCCUCUCUCAUCUUCAUCUGCCUUCCAGAAGCCACGGCCAGCCACAGCCCCUACGAGCAAGCUAAGAGCUGAAAUCAUAAAAGAGCUGAUUUUCACUAAGA